UCCAGAGAAAGAGGAAGCAACCACUCCAAGUUCACAGCCCGCUCGGGGACACUCAGCUACAGCGGCGAAAGGGCAACACAAUCUUCUUCCCAUGCCCAGCUGUCAUUGGCAAGGAUCUCACUGCUGUUCUCUCCGGUCUGAAUCCCAGCUCUCCCUCCCUGGGGCGUUUCAGUCCUGUGGUAACACAGAGCCCUGAGUCAGGCACAUGUUGUAAAAGGGGUGGUCUUGGCUUGUGCUGGAAACUAUGUUGCAACUCCAGAGCUAAGAAAACCCCACCUGAGUCAUCACAGCCUCAGUGCCAGUUGCAGCAAGCCACCACAAUACCGUUGUUUCACGGACUGCAGCUGCAGGAUAAGUUCCGUUUUCUGUUUCCUUGAACUUGGCAGAGCACCCAGAGCAACAUGGGUUCGAUGUUCCGCAGCGAAGAGGUCUGCCUGGCCCAACUUUUCUUGCAGUCAGCUUCAGCCUAUGCCUGUAUCAGUGAAUUAGGCGAGCGAGGGCUUGUGGAGUUCCGUGAUUUGAACCCCCAUGUCAAUGCCUUCCAGCGACGAUUUGUGGGAGAGGUGCGACGGUGUGAAGACAUGGAGAAAACUUUCACUUACCUGGCACAGCAGGUGCAGAAGGCAGGACUGACUCUGAAACCCUCUGAGGAGAAUCUGCCAGCCCCACUGCCCCGCGAUGCCCUUCAAAUCCAGGAGCAGUCAGAGACGCUGGUGCAGGAGUUGCGGGAAGUGAGCCGCAACCGCGAUGCACUGGUCGACAAGCUGCAGCAGCUGCGGGAACAUGCUCAAGUGCUGCAGGAAGGACAACAUUUCACUGGUCAACUGCAGGUACAAGUAGGUUCACCAACCCGCCCCCGUGCCUUCUCUGACAGGGAUCCCCUGCUUGAUCCAUCCAUGGCACAGCGACUGGACCUCCGAAUAAAUUUUGCAGCAGGUGUGAUCCACCCCUUACGAGUGAGUUCCUUUGAAAGACUGCUGUGGCGUGCAUGCCGUGGCUAUCUUGUUGCCAACUUCACAGAGAUACCCGAGCCCAUGGAAGACCCAGCCACGGGUGAAAGAGUCACAUGGGUCAUUUUCCUCAUCUCCUACUGGGGCGAGCAAAUUGGACAGAAAAUCCACAAGAUCGCUGCCUGCUUUCACUGCCACAUGUAUCCAUAUCCUGAGGAAGAGGCUGAGCGCAUGGAAACGUUGUGUAGGCUUCGCACCCAGAUUGAAGAUCUAACAUUGGUAUUAGGCCAGACAGAGCAGUUUCUGGGCCAGGUACUUGAAAAGGUGCUGUUGAACUUGCCUGCUUGGCGAGUGCGGAUACAGAAGAUGAAGGCUAUCUAUUUUGUCCUCAACCAGUGCAGCUUUAAUAUCACGAACAAGUGCCUCAUUGCUGAAGCUUGGUGCCCUGUCUAUGAUCUACCUGCCGUGCAGCAGGCCCUGCGUGACGGAUCACACCAAGCAGGUUCUGGGGUGGAGUGCUUUGUACAUCGGGUCCCGUGCUCUGAGAAUCCUCCCACCCUCAUUCGCACCAAUAAGUUCACUGCUGGCUUCCAGAACAUCGUCGAUGCCUAUGGAGUAGCCAGCUAUCAGGAGGUGAACCCAGCUCCUUAUACCAUCAUCACCUUCCCCUUCCUGUUUGCUGUCAUGUUUGGGGAUGUUGGCCAUGGGCUGCUGAUGUUCCUCUUUGCCCUUUGGAUGGUACUGGGUGAGAACCACCCUGGCAUGAAGAAGGUGGAAAAUGAGAUCUGGCAGACAUUCUUUGAAGGCCGCUACCUCAUCCUGCUGAUGGGUGCCUUCUCCAUCUACACUGGCUUCAUCUACAACGAGUGCUUCAGCAAGGCUACCACAAUCUUCCCGUCUGGUUGGAACAUCAGUGCCAUGGUCAGCCACUCAGGAUGGAGUCCAGAUUAUUUAAAUGAACACCCUGUCCUUGCCCUGAAUCCCAAUAUCACAGGAGUCUUUAAAGGUCCUUAUCCUUUUGGUAUAGACCCGAUCUGGAGCUUGGCCAUCAACCAUCUCAGCUUCUUGAACUCCUUCAAGAUGAAGAUGUCUGUGAUCCUGGGAGUUGUGCACAUGAGCUUUGGUGUGUUCCUUGGAAUCUUCAACCACAUCCACUUCCAGCACAUAUACAAGCUACUACUGGUGUGGCUUCCAGAGAUCAUCUUCCUCCUGGUGCUUUUUGGAUACCUUGUGGUCCUGAUCCUUUACAAAUGGCUGAUGUUUGAUGCCUCUAAUUCCCAGACUGCACCCAGCAUCCUCAUCCACUUUAUUGACAUGUUCCUUUUCACAGAGAAUCCCAACAACCAGUUUCUUUUUAAAAAUCAGGCAAUAUUACAGUACGUGUUGGUGGUGAUGGCCUUGGUCUCUGUACCUGUCUUGCUGCUGGGGACACCCUUGCACCUCUGGAGUCAACAUCAGCGUGGGAUUUCCCGUUGCACACAUGAUCCGUCCAACUCAGAGGAGCGGCAGCCUCUGUUAAACUCAACACAGCCGAGCAGCUCUGUGAAUGUUGCUGAAAAUGACAUGGAUCAUGCAAGACCCAGAGAGGAACCAAAGUUUGAGUUCUCGGAUGUGUUCAUGCAUCAGGCAAUUCACACCAUCGAGUAUUGCCUGGGCUGCAUCUCCAACACUGCUUCCUACUUGCGACUUUGGGCCCUCAGCUUGGCCCAUGCACAGCUCUCAGAGGUCCUGUGGAGCAUGGUGAUGAGGAACGGCUUCCAGAGAAUAGGCUACGUAGAUGGCGUACUAAUCGUGCCUGUCUUCGCAUUCUUCGCUGUGCUGACUGUAGCAAUCCUGCUUGUGAUGGAAGGACUGUCAGCUUUCCUGCAUGCCCUGCGUCUGCACUGGGUGGAAUUCCAGAACAAGUUCUACGCAGGCGCUGGUUACCCAUUCAUCCCUUUUGCCUUCACUCUUGACUCCUGGGAUUAAGAGAGAGAUGACUGCUUCUUCCUGAACUCUGAUGAUCCCCUGGGAAAAUGGAUUGGCUUAUGCUGAUUUUCUUUACCUGAGCAGCUGUCUCCCCAUUUCCACCAGUUGUGCCUCCUGUUCAACCAGAAGGUGUGACCGUGCUUCUUUACCCCAACACCUCCUUGGGUGAGGGAUUGCCUGCUAAGGCUUCUUCUCCGUUACUAUUAAAGGAAGAUUCUAUCCUGCCAACUUGGGUAUAGUGGUAUUUAGGAUGCAGUUCUGGAAUCAGGUUUUCCUAGGGCCUAAAUCCUACAUCAAGCAGUACUUGAUGUGUUAUGACUUGCAACUGAACCAGCCUGCCUUAUAGAUGCCGCUGAGGUCUGAAAUGUGACCCUAGAGAGCAACAGAACACAGAUAGCUGUAUCAGUAAUUGUUGUUAUAAGGCUAUUGUAUGGCAUUGUCUGUUUUUACUGAUGGCCCCACUUUGCCAAGGAGCAGUGUUGCUCAUUCACAUCAGGGGACCAAUGACUCAGGCCAGGCACUAGCCUGGCCCACAUAGGAAAACUUCUGUAUUUUAGAGGCUGCACUAGAAUUCAAUCAGUUCUUUGACUGAGAUUGGUGUCUCUGUCAAAGAACUGGUGAGGAAACUGGCCAAAUCCAUGUAAAAACUGGUAAAAUCCAUGUCCUCCGUGUCAGCCUGCUUCAAAGGAGCUGCCUGUCCCGCUAGUUGACAUCUGAUGGCUCCUAUAGGGAAAGGGGCUGAUGUGACAUCUUCCCAUUCAAGUGCAAAACCCUCUUUGCCAGCUGCUAGCAGAACUUGCCACAUCAAGUCAAAACUUGAAGACCAGCCAAGGGGCUCCUGCCAUGAUUGCAGACCAACCUCCCAUCACACUGAGGGCAAGAAGUUUGCAGCAGCAUCUCUUGUCCCAUCUCUAUGCUGCCUUUUGGAAAAGGGCCACGCUAUAAAGCAAGUUGUCUGGAAUUCCAUGCUAGAAAUACUCUGCCACCAGUGUAAAAACUACAUUCUGCAAUAAAAAAUGAAAUUUAACUAAA